AUGGCCCAACUCAAGCCUCUCGAUGGAAAAGACGUCUACCUCUGGAAAUACCUUCCUUCAAUGCCGGCCGCAAUUAUAUUCGUCCUGUUAUUCACAGGUGUUACCAGCGCUCACUGCUGGCGCACGGUUAGGACGCGGUCCUGGUUCUGCAUCGCCUUUGCUGUUGGUGGAUUGUUUCAAAUCAUCGGCUAUGGCACCCGCGUAUUUUCUCACUACCACACCGAUCAAAUCGCGCCCUACGCAAUCCAAAGCAGUUUCAUCCUCCUCGCGCCCGCCUUCUACGCUGCGUCCAUCUACAUGGUGCUCGCACGUCUCGUUCGCAGCGUGCACGGCGAGCGCUUCUCCAUCGUCCGCCCCACGAGGAUGACCAAGCUAUUCGUCUCCGGCGAUAUCCUCUCGCUAUCCGUGCAGGCGAACGGUGCCGGGUUGACGGUAGACGAGAAGAAUCAAGAAUUGGGGGAAUAUAUCGUCAUCGUUGGCUUGUUUAUCCAGUUGAUCGUGUUUGGAUUCUUCGUCGUCGCGGCGUUAGUAUUCCACAUGAGGAUGCGGAGAUAUGUCGCUAAAGAGCCCGAGUUGAGGCUGGAUGUCCCGUGGAGACAAGGAUUGAAGAUGCUCUACGCCUGCAGUGUGUUGAUCAUCGUCAGAUCGGUCUUCCGGAUCAUUGAGUAUAUGAUGGGCACGGAUGCGUAUUUGCUAUCACAUGAGUGGCCAAUGUACGUCUUCGAUGCUGUGCUCAUGUGGACUGUUCAGGUGAUUUUCUUUGGUUGGUUCCCGGACAAAUUGCGGCUGAGGCCAGGCGGCAGUGGUGAGGAUGGGCAUGUGCUUGUGGGAAAUGAGUCGCCAAUAAGGUAG